AUGCAACGCAGAGGAAAUACUAUGUUGCCUCGUUUUUCCUCGUUACGGCAUAUAUACAUUGUCCGAACCACGGCACAAAUGGUCGAAUCCCGGAACCUCCACCUCACCACACGAAACCUCCAUCAAUCGCCAGUCCGAUAUAUCCUCCGAACCACUGCGCUGGUUGCAACUUCACUGACCGUUGCUGGUGGUUCAUGGUAUGUCGCCGUCAACCUAACAACCGCAAGCGAUCUUACAGCAAUCUACAAUUGUUCUGCUUUUUUUGCGUACGCCUUCUCCAUUCCACUGCUCAAUGACAAACUACGACUUGACAAAGUGUUUUCUGUCGUCGUCGCCAUCGUUGGCGUACUUGUCGUUGCUUAUGGGCCUUCAGGUGGUUCUUCCAAGAAUGGCGGUGAUGCCUCAAAGGGUGCCUCGAGCAGAGCUCUCGGCAACAUUAUAAUCGGCGUGGGUAGUGUUCUUUACGGUUUAUACGAGGUCUUGUAUAAGAAGCUGGCUUGUCCUCCGGAAGGCACAAGCCCGGGACGUGGUGUGAUCUUUGCCAAUACGUUUGCAAGUCUGAUUGGGACAUUUACUUUGUUUGUCCUCUGGAUACCGUUGCCUAUUUUGCACAUCCUGGGUAUUGAGACGUUCGAGUUGCCGCAGGGUAAAGCAGCAAGUCUUCUGCUUAUAUCCGUGAUUGCAAAUGCUAGUGUUUCCACUAUCAUUCCAGCUAACCCAACAAACCCUUGCACAGCAUUUUCCGGCUCCUUCCUCAUCCUCAUUUCCCUAACCUCCCCCGUGUUAUCCUCAGUCGCUGCCCUCCUCACAAUCUUCCUAGUUGCCCUCGUCGACUGGAAGCUAACAAAUAAACCACUCACCUCCGCGUCGAUAUACGGCGGUAUCCUUAUCGUCAUUGCUUUCCUACUCCUUAGCUGGAGUACAUACCGCGAGCUUGACGAGGAUAGACGGAAACGGUUAACAGAGAGUGGGCCAGAUUCUGAAAGCGAUGUUUAA